UUAGUGACCUGCAGUCUUUUCAAUCAAAACCCUUUGAAACGAGUGGGCCUCGUGAGCUGACCAUUUCCUGGAGCCCCACACAUCCUGGCCACCCAGAUCCACCAGGCCUUGGGAGGCCUUUGCACGUAGAAGCAUAUGAGUCGGGGACUUUCCCCCUUGUUCAAGCACACCUCCUUCCUGGAGCUGUUGUCCUUUGGGGAGAAGAAGGUGUCUCUUUACGGAUCACUCGGCAAGGGUUGUGUCAUGAGGAAGUGUGUACAGGGCGCUUGGAGACAGAGCGUUUCUCUUGAGACUCCUUGCCAGGAGGGCGCCGCUCCCCAGAAGCUGGGGAAGGAAGGGCUGCAGCGAAGCGCUGCUGAGGAGGCAGAGGCUUCCCGGCGCAGGAUGCCUUUUGUUCACUUGCUUGUGGUGUUGGCUGCUGCCCCAGAUGUUCUAGCUUUUCCAGCUUUUGGCAUCGAAAAUGGCAGCCCUGUUCUGGAGAACGCCUCUGAACACACAAGGGUUGCCAUAAUCACUGUAUCUGUCUCACCUUCCGCUUCUCUGCUUGGAGAUCCUGUUAUCAUUAAUGCCGACCCGGUGGUCCACCCAUUUGUGCUAUCUCGUCAAUCUACACAUCAGUGGGAACUGCUCACCACGGGGGCACCCAGGCUGGACUUCGAGACGGUGCCUCUCUACUCCCUGGUGCUCUAUGCCAAGGACAGCCAGGGGGCGACAGCAUCCCAGACCGUUUUGAUCCAGAUUGCCGAUGUGAACGAGCCGCCCACCUUCAGGGGAGCCCUUGCUCAGAGAGACCGAGGUACAGAGCUCUCCGCUUGGGGGAAGAAGGGUCGCCUGGGUCUGGACUGUGGCCCUGUGUCCUGGGUCCUUUGUGCUCUCACAAGGUUAUGGCUGUAGGAGAGAGAAGGAGACUAAUGCUCACAAAACAAAUGCUGAUGGGCUGACACCCAUCUGGUGCUCACUGUAGAGCAGGGGCUGUCCUGACAGUGAGGGCCUCAGGUGGGUUAGUUCAUGAAAUUCUCAGAGCUCUGAGGGUGGGUGCUAUUCAUGUUUGUAUUGUAUAGAUGAGGCCACAGGCUUAGGAAAG